AUGUCGGAUCUAGAGGCACUAUUGCAGUUUAACAAGAAAAGAGUCUCUGGCGAAAUGGUGGAAUUUUUAAAGGCCACCACAGAUUCUGUCAUUGCCGUAAACUCGCAGGAUCAAUCGAAGCCCGGUAAGCCAGUUAUUCCAUUGGCCGAUUUUAUUCGUGGCCUGGUGACCCAAUCAAAUGUUCAAGUGCCAACUUUGAUGUCAACAACAGUUUACCUGGCCAAGCUCAGAGCCAUAAUACCGACUAGCGUUUAUGGCAUCGAGACGACCCGGCACCGCAUUUUUUUGGGCUGUCUGAUCUUGGCAGCCAAAAAUUUGAACGACUCAAGCCCUCUCAACCGUCAUUGGGCGUCAUACACCAAUGGACUUUUAGACACUCGAGAAGUCAACACCUUAGAACGCGAACUACUGGAGUAUUUUGAUUGGAACCUCAGAUUCACUACACAAGAUCUGAUAACCUGUCUCGCGCCGCUUUUGGCCCCAAUAAAAGCUCAAAUCAUGGCCCACCGUCAAGAGUUGUUGUACUUCAAUUUGCCCACAGUACAUCAAUCUAAGCUGGGCCAUAGCAGUCGGGACGUUAACUCGCGCUCGUCAAGCAACAUGUCAAUUCCAUCGCUGAUUUCGAGUGCCACAAUGUCGACCAUUUCUACUGCGGGCUCGAGAGAAUCAAGCAAGACCCCUUCGAUUUCGGCAUCAAGAUCCUCGCAGCUUCGUCCAUUGGACAAAAACAGUCCCAGUUUUUCUUACCAGUCAAAGGAUACAACUACAAGAAAGGAACAAGGCCGUCUCGCUAGGCCCAUUAUCAUAAAAACCGGUAUACCGACACCUCCUGAGUUAGGAUCAGAUUCAAGACAGCUUGGAAUGAGCACCAGAUGGACGUCCGUAUUCAGGUAG